AUGAAGACUCGCACAUCUUGGCUCCUGCUGCUAAUGUUCGCGAUGUCAGUGUCCAGUGACUUGCAUGAGGAAAGUGCAGGAUGCUUCAUCACAGUCCUACACCCCAGAGCCUUCAGCCAGGUCCCUCCCUCCCUCGUGGACGUCCGAGCCUGUUCCAACUGCCCAGGGAAGGUCGCAGAGCUGCUGGUGAGCAUGGAGGGAGCUGCAGUCUCCCUCCCCUUCGAGGAUUGGCAAACCACCAAUGCCUCCUGUCCUUUGAUGGUCCAUGCCAAGUUGAGGGGCAUCAAGGAAGGCACAGCAAGCCUGCGGGUCUCCCUGGUGUUCCAUGAUGGGGGACAAGAGCUGCGGGUCGUCUCCGAGGCUGUCGUGGUGCGAUCGGUCGCUGAUCCUUUGAAGAGAUUCCUGUUCCUGCUCCACGUGGACUCCCUGUGGAAGCUGAGGGAGGUAGAAGGAGAAAUGAGGACGAGGGACUCGGACGUUGUUGCUGUCGUCUGCUCGCCGCCAAUGGAAGAAGACGAGCUUCGGCAGUACGUGGACAGCGAGUUGGAGUUCCUCUCGACGACCAACUCGCACCUUGCUCAAGCUUGCAGUGAGAAAGAGAAUGGGGUGGAAGAGGAAGUUUUGAGCUCUGAUCCAGGUGGGAGCGUCUGUUCUCCACGAGACAUUGUUUCUGCUCCUCACGCGAUCGGCCGGUUCGGUGAAGUGACAAGAUUGUGGGAUUGUGAGCAGGUAGAACAUGGGUGGUGGUGCUGA